GAGUAUUUGAGGGCUUACAUAGAAUACAGAUUAGUUUUCCACUGGAUGGAUCAAACCCGGGCGUACUGGUGAAGCUGCCCAGAGCAGGAGAAGCAGGAAAGAGCUGCGUUUUCUGAGAGAGGAUCAGAGUCGGAGAGAGAGAGAGCGAGUCUGGCUGAGCAUCCCUCAGGAUGAAGAAAAGCAGGAGUGCACAGGGGGUUACACCAGGCGAUGAGAAUAAGGAGCCUCCUGCGGGACAGUUUCCCACAGGCAGCACACUCGGCGUAGAGGUGUGCAAAGUCCACAGGCGAUUUUCUGGCAACCUGCAGCUGCCUCCGUUGUCAUGGAGACAGGCAGAAAUGGAGAGGGACAGGGGCAGGCCGCUAACACCCGAAGAAGAUCCAGUGACUCGUACCAGACCCACAAGUCUGCCCAUCGCCUCUUUGCCCCGCAUCGACAUCACACAGGCUGACCCAGACAGCUUUGAAGGGGAAAAUGGUCCAUCGUUGUGCUGCAGUCCUUCAGACCUGCAGGCGUCCCCAGGUUCAGGUCUGGUUCUACAUCCAAACUUGGCUGCCCAUGGCCAGCGCCGGGAGUCCUUCCUGUACCGCUCUGACAGUGACUACGAACUAUCGCCGAAGUCCUUGUCUCGCAACUCUUCCAUUGUUGGAGAACUUUUUCCCAUCUCGUCCCAUUUCAGGCAUGGAGAGGACUUGAUAGUGACUCCAUUUGCUCAGGUUCUGGCAAGCCUUCGGACUGUCAGGAAUAAUUUCACCACCUUGACAAAUGUACAGUGUACAUCCAAUAAGAGGUCUCCUGCUGCGAAUCAGCCUUCUCUCACUAAAGUCUGUCUGUCAGAUGAGUCCUACCAGAAGCUGGCUAUGGAGACCAUGGAGGAGCUGGACUGGUGUCUGGACCAGCUGGAGACCAUCCAGACCUACCGCUCUGUCAGCGACAUGGCCUCCAACAAGUUCAAGAGGAUGCUAAACCGGGAGCUAAGCCACCUGUCUGAGAUGAGUCGCUCAGGCAACCAAGUAUCAGAGUACAUCUCCAACACCUUCCUCGACAAGCAGAAUGAGUUGGAGCUUCCAUGUCCCGUUCCUAAGUCGAGGGAAAGGAAGAGGAGGCAGGGCCAGCAGCAGCAGCAGCAGCAGCAGCAGCAGCAACAGCAGCAGCAGGGUGGGAUGAUGACUCAGAUCAGCGGGGUGAGGAAGGUUAGCCACACGCCCAGCAUUUCUGGGAGCACCAGCAAUCGUUUCGGGGUCAAGACGGACCAGGAGGAGCUGCUGUCGAAUGACCUGGAGGACAUCAACAAAUGGGGCUUGAAUAUCUUCAAAGUGGCCGAGCACUCCCACAACCGACCGCUCACAUGCAUCAUGUACACCAUCUUUCAGGAGCGAGACCUGAUGAGGACGUUCAAGAUUCCAACAGACACCUUUGUGACGUUCAUGCUGACCUUGGAGAGCCACUACCAUUCGGACGUGGCCUACCACAACAGUCUACACGCCGCUGACGUAGCCCAGUCCACACAUAUCCUCCUGUCCACCCCCGCACUGGAUGCUGUCUUCACAGAUCUAGAAAUCUUGGCAGCCAUUUUUGCCGCAGCCAUACACGACGUGGACCACCCAGGAGUGUCCAACCAGUUUCUCAUCAACACCAACUCAGAGCUGGCUCUCAUGUACAACGAUGAGUCAGUGCUGGAGAACCACCACCUGGCCGUGGGCUUCAAACUGCUGCAGGAGGACAACUGUGACAUCUUCCAAAACCUCACUAAGAAGCAGAGACAGACGCUCCGGAGAAUGGUCAUCGACAUGGUGUUGGCAACUGACAUGUCUAAACACAUGAGCCUGCUGGCUAACCUGAAGACGAUGGUGGAAACCAAGAAAGUGACCAGCUCUGGAGUCCUGCUGUUGGACAACUACACAGACAGGAUGCAGGUUUUGCGUAACAUGGUUCACUGUGCUGACCUGAGCAACCCGACGAAACCUCUGGAUCUGUACCGACAGUGGACAGACAGGAUCAUGGAUGAGUUCUUCCACCAGGGAGACAGAGAGAGGGAGAGGGGGAUGGAGAUUAGUCCAAUGUGUGACAAACACACAGCCUCAGUGGAGAGAACACAGGUCGGCUUCAUUGAUUACAUCGUCCACCCUCUGUGGGAGACGUGGGCUGACCUUGUCCACCCUGAUGCCCAGGACAUCCUGGACACACUGGAGGACAACAGGAACUGGUACCAGAGCAUGAUCCCCCAGAGCCCCUCCCCUCCCUUCUACACCAGUGAUGGGGAAGGUGGCCCACACGGAGAGGUGGAGGGGGGACCUGUGGCAAGUAAAUUUCAGUUUGAGCUGACGCUGGAUGACCAGGGUGGAGAUGGGGAGACGAUGGAGACAGUUGACAGUGUAAUACUCCGAGAACAGCCCUCUGAUCAGGACGGGGUUGAAAUGGUGACGCAUGAUGUCUCGCCAGCGGAAACAUAGCUGAACUGAUGCUGUCCUCAGCGAGCAGCAAGUUGCUGUUUUGGCAAAAUUCAUUUAAUUGCAGUAGAGUAAUCCUGCAAUGUGGCUCUUUGGAGCUGCCUGGCAAAUAGGGCCUGACUGAAUGUGGGGCACCCCUGCAAACGAGGCUUGGAAACCCUGCGGCAGUUUGGUUUUAGCACCUAGAAGGGAGCUGGACGAGGUCUGUUCUUUAAAGACGGGACUCCUGUUGGACUGUAGAAGCAGGGCUGAAUCUCAAAGACCAAGACGGUGAAGUGGACUUCAUGUAUCCGUGUACUGGGACUAGUAAAACUUAAAAACUUGCACUUCAGGAUGUUUUUUUUAUGUUCAUUUUGAUUCUUUGUAUCGUGUCGGGAUUGGAUGCCACCUGGUGCAGUGUCCAACCAAAAAACUACUGGUCAGCAAGUUAUUUGUACCUAAGUAGUUUUUCCAACACUUGUCUAAAAAAAAGUCGUGUGCCUUUUUUUUUUAAACAACCGUGUCUUUUUGUAAGUGUUUUUAUAAUUUAU